AUGGUAGACGCGCCGGAGGACGGAGAGAGUGGCGCUCAGCCUAUCAUCCCUGGCCUCAGUGAAAAGGACAGCCUCAAAGCAGCUAUACUCAUUCAGAAAUCCUAUAGAGGUCAUCGAGCCCGGCGGCAGCUGAAAGGCUUUGGUCUCGAUGCAACCACACGGUGGUAUGAGGCAGUGAAAGUUGCAAAAUACCAGCAAUUAACGAUACCGAGAGAUUCCGCACAACCCUACAACGUCUCUGGAAUCCACGGGAAAACGUCAGAAGAAGGAGAGGCGCCCCUAUCACCUACCAGAAAGAAAUGGUUCAAGGCCACAGAGAUCGCCCGGAGAGCCGCGGCGGACGACCAAUCGCCUUCGGUGUCAGAUCUCUCUUCGGACGAAAGCGACGGGGCUGAAGAGGCAAAGAGAAAGAGACAGGAAUCUAACGAGUUGCGGAAGAAGACUGCAAAGAUGAUGGAUCUACAAUAUUUUCUCGAGAUGGUGGACCAGAAACACCGAUACGGGAGCAACUUGCGCAAAUACCACAAUUACUGGAAGGCACAAGAUACGACUCAGAAUUUCUUCUACUGGCUCGACCAGGGCGAUGGGAGAAACGUCAGCCUGCCAGAAUGCAGCAGGGAGCGGCUCGACAAGGAGCAAGUCCGAUAUCUUUCGCGUGAAGAACGUCUCAAUUAUCUUGUCAAGGUCAACAGCGAGGGUCUCCUUGUUUGGGCAAAAAAUGGCGAGUUGGUAUGGACCAAGGACGAGCUGUAUAAAGACAGCAUCAAUGGAAUAGUGCCUGUAAAUGACAGCGCUCCUAAAUGGCAGCACAAUGUGCCACCAACGAAUUCAGAAGGACCCUAUAGCAGUUCCUCUGAUGACUCUUCCGAUGAGUCGUCGGAGGAUGGCGAUGGACAUACUGCAGGCGACGAGGGCGAGAGAUACGUCAACGAAGGGUUUCAUCGAGCAAAGGGACCGGCAAAGCUCAAGCAUGUUUCUGCGGCGGUGCUUUUCAACCAUAUGAUCAGGACCAGCUUGAAGAAGGGCCACAAAUGGAUCUUUGUAAACACCUCCCUUCGCUUGUACAUUGGCUAUAAGCAAUCAGGCGCUUUCCAACAUUCCUCCUUUCUCCAUGGCGCCCGUAUCCUAGCAGCUGGUCUUAUAAAGAUCAAGAGAGGACAAUUACGGAGACUAUCUCCGUUGAGCGGUCACUAUCGGCCCCCAGCCAACAAUUUUCGUACCUUUGUGCAUAGCUUGCGUGACAUGGGAGUUGACAUGUCCCAUGUCUCUAUCUCCAGAAGUUACGCCAUCUUGAUUGGAUUAGAAAGUUAUACGAAAACCAGGAAAAAGAUCAAGCUGGCAGAAAGAAAGGUCGUGCACGAAAAAGACAAGCUGAUCAACCCGGCGAAAGUUAAGGCGGAAGAAGAAGCUCAGCAAGAUAAAUCAAUGAGUGCCGAGAUGGAGAGGCUGCAUCUUCUAGAACAGCAACGAGAGGCCGCAGAAGCGAGAGCGAACGAGCGAAAGGCUGACCGAAGCAUCAGUGGGAGACUGUCGCGUGCAAUGUCAAGGCUCAAACCCUACAAGGAGAGUGAGGAGAGAAGUCCUAGGAGAUUGCCGGGAACCGGCCCUGAGGAUGGCAUCCCUGCCCCGGAAGGACAAAGGUGA